AUGCUGAACAUCCUAGGCCGUGUUGCAACAUCAUUAGCAUGGAAUGUUCACACAGCAAUGCGACCGUACACAGGUGGAGCUAUUAUCGUCAAAAGCACAACGCGAAGCAGAAAACGUUGGAGAAAGAGGGGAAACCGAGGUGGAACAAGACGUAGAAUACCCGUGCUUAUUUCCUGUCGUAACAAGUUCAUAGCUAAAAAAAUGGAAGGACCAACUUCUAGGCAAAGAUGUUUAAUCAGUUUGAGUAUUUCACAAAUCGUCAAUAAUCUUAGCAGUGGAAAGCAUAUACCAAGUAGGCCUAGGCAGACUAAGUCCAGUCAGGGACCCAAAGAACGUUUGACGUCGCAAUUUCCUGUCAUCAUGCUAACUAACCCCUGGUCCACCCUAAAUAAAAUAGACGAAAUUAGUGUUUUUCUGAAGGAAAAAUAUGUGGAUAUUGGGAUUUUUAGCGAGUCUUGGAUCAACAAGCAAAAUGAACACACGGUAUGUGUUGAGGGUUAUACAUUAUUUUAUGAAGGGAGAACGAAUAGAAAUGGUGGUGGAGUAGCAGCGCUAGUUAAAGAUGGUAUUGUAGCUACUAAGGUGAACUAUUUACCAGUCCCUGAGGAGUUAGAGUGUAUGUGGCUUCAAAUUAAGUUAAAAAGAACACCCCGAGAAUUUUCUGCUAUAUUUAUUUGUGUUGUGUACCACAGUCCUGGCCAAUCUGUUAAUUCUCACUUUGUACUCAUCCAGUACCUCCGCGAAUCGGUGGACAUUAUUAGAGCUAGAUCACCAAGAGCUGGACUCAUUAUAUGUGGCGAUUUUAACGAAGUCAGGCAUAAGAUAGGACGCUUAUGUUCAGCAACAGGGUUAAAACAGAUUGUAAAACAACCCACAAGAGGAACUAAUACUUUAGAUUUAAUUGUCACCAACCUUGUCAAUUAUUUUGAAGAGCCAAUAGUUUUUGCUCCGUUUGGAUUUAGCGAUCACGCAACAAUAUGUUGGAAACCAAAGCCAUCGUUCAUCGGCAUGAAAGGAAGCGUUGUAACUAAAUCAUUCAGACCGUUUAGUGAAUCUAAUGUAAACGCAUUUGGCAAGUGGAUUACUAAUAAAGAGUGGCAUGAGGUUACUAAUGCGAACGAUGUAAAUUUAAAAUUAAAUAUUUUUGAACGGGAAUUAAAUCACGCAUACGAACAUUUUUUCCCACUACGAACAAUUCGUGUACACUCAACAGACCAGCCCUGGAUUACGCCUAAAAUAAAAACAAAAAUUAAAGAAAGACAAUUAGCAUAUCACAAGUAUGGACAGUCUUCGAAUAUUUACCGCAAGUAUAGAAAUAUCGUCAAAUGGGAAAUUAAACAAGCCAAGAUUAAAUAUUAUAAAUAUGAAGUAGCGCAUUUACUAACUUCCAACUCAAGGCAAUGGUUUGAACAAAUCGGUAAAAUGUGUGGAACUAGUAAAAAUAAAAAUGAUUCAUUAAAUCUGAACAUUGAUGAAUCAGAUCCUGAGAAAAUUCGCGAAGUGAUUAACUCGAAAUUAUCUGAGAUUUGCCAACAUUUUGAAUCGUUACAAAUAAAUAGUUUAUCGACGUAUCUUCCAUAUAAAUCGCCUCCACCUACGUUAACGUUUUGGGAGGUGUACUACCGAUUAAAGAAACUGAAUUGCAAUAAAGCUGCAGCUCCAGGCGAUCUUCCUGUACGGUUGAUAAAAACUUUCGCGUUCGAAUUAGCCGUACCCUUGUUGAACAUAUUUAAUAAAUCACUCGCAAUUGGAAAGGUACCGACAAGAUGGAAGGAGGCCACUAUUACACCAAUUCCUAAGGAGAAGGGUACAAUAACCCUUAACCAGAUUCGCCCUAUUUCCAUCACACCCAUUUUCAUCCGAGUACUUGAAGAUGUUGUUAUGAAUUUUUUACGUCCAAAAAUUACCCCAUUUAUUGACGAAAGACAAUUUGGAAAUCGCAAAAAUUCCUCUGUAAACCAUUACCUUACUAGCUUAAUGCAUUUCAUCCAUAGUGGUUUGGACUUGCCAAACAAUAUUGCUACUCUGGUAGCGAUUGAUUAUAAAAAAGCAUUCGAUUUAAUAGACCACACAAUUGCUGUGAACAAACUGAUUGAUAUUGGAGCACCACGUGAAUUAAUCCCAUGGAUAUGUGAUUUUAUUUCGGAAAGGAAACAACGUGUUUCAUAUAACGGCGGUUUCUCUGAAUGGCAAGGAAUAACCUGUGGCGUACCGCAAGGACCAACAGAUAAUGCCUCAUUCAAAAGGAAACCCGCUACCGAAACUUGCAUUUCAGUCCUACAGCAGAAACACUAUGGAAAGCAGCGUUGGGAAUUGAGCUGGAGAGAACCAAAAGAUCUCCACAGUUUAGCACACACACGGUGGCUACCAACAGUUAAGCUGACUGAGCUGAUCUGCUCUCUAAAUCUUUAUGCAGUCACUGCUUAA